UUCCCGCUGAUAUUCUGACGCAAACUGAUAAAUGAAGCUCAUUGGGUGAAGCAGAUAAGCCGCGAAAUAGCACACCCAUGCCCAUAUUUCCAUAUGCACCAUGUGCAUCAGCAAAGGAAUCGAGUGCCGAUUCAAUAGGAAUCGAGUUUUUCCAAAGGCGGGAAACGUGCCGCCUGGUGCCGCCAACGUUCGUAAGGUGACAGAGCGCGUUUAUAUUGACGUAGUUUAUAUUCUGUGAAACAUAGAAGUGAUUGAAUAGAUUCCGAAAAAUCUACAUGCAAUUAGCGGUUUAAAACUAGUUGCGUUUAAUGCUUAUUUCGAUAUGGCCACUCAGCAAUUAACCAAAAACUGUAUUUCGUUGAAAGGUUCUGCUUCUUUGGUUAAAGAGUACCUUAAUUAUGGUGUCAACAGUAUUCUUUAUCAGAGAGGUAUUUAUCCUGCAGAGUCAUUUCAAACUGAAGAACAUUUUGGGAUCACUACUUUCAUGUCUUCUAAUGAGAAAAUUAAGGAGUUCUUAACAAAUGUGUUAACCCAAAUUGAAGAUUGGUUAGUGAAAAAGAAAGUGGAGCGAAUUACUCUUGUUAUAAAUGAUGUGAAAACGAAAGAAACUUUGGAGAGAUGGGAUUUCAAAGUUCAGUAUGAAGUUGGUGUAACUGUGGGGAAAGAAGGGGAAGAAACAGGAAAAAAGGAAUUGAAAGAAAUUCAAAAAGAAAUAAGGGACGUUCUUCGCCAAAUUACAGCCACUAUUAGUUUCUUGCCUUUGUUGGAUCGCUUAUGUUCAUUUGACAUACUUGUUCAGACGGUGCAAGAUGCAGAUGUACCACAGCUUUGGGAUGAAACUCAACCUUGUUUUAUAACAAACUCCCAAGAAGUGCAACUCCGUACAUUUUCUACUUCGUUACACAGAAUGGAAACGUUUGUUUCCUACAAGGGAGAAUAAAUAAACUCUUUUAUUGUAUGCUUGGAAAAGAUAAGAAAUGAACAUGGUUUUUUGUGUCAUGACUGUGAUUUUUUUAAAAACAAUUGUAACUGUACAUAAUGCAUGAAUGAGUGGAUGCCUGAAGUUUUUACUCUGAAAAUUUGUACGUUAGUAUCAUUUAGGAACAUUAUUAUUAUUAAUUUCAACUGGUAUUUAUUUAGUUGUCUUUCAGUGUCUUGUAUUAUCACCAAAUUGGACUAACUGCUGUUUCUGCUGUAUUUCAAAUGUUGCUUUAAGGCUUGAUCAUUCAAAUUGUAAUAACUCUUUAACUCCCUUCUUGUGUUGCUAAUGUUGAAAUGGCUAAACAGUUGUAUAUUUCAUUUACUGUUAUCUAUUUCAACAGUAAAUAUUGUACAUAAUGUUUUGUAUUUGUUUUUAUAGUUUCAAAGCCAAUAAAACAGGUGGCACAAUCUGCACUGAUCUAACCGUACAAAAAAUGUGUUUUAGAAGAAAAUGAAAUUGCAGGUGUUAAACCUGAAUAAAUGUUUGUAAUCUGAAA